AUGGCAGCUAUCUCAUCAGCUAUUAAAGGUGUCUCCACAACAAUCUACUCAAAUCUCUUCGUGGAAUUACCAGUCCAAAAGGGCGACCUCACUGGACAGACAAUUAUUGUCACAGGCUCAAACCAAGGCCUUGGCUAUGAAGCCAGCCGUCAUUUCCUACUCCUCGGAGUUGAACGCCUAAUCAUGGCAGUCAGAAAUCUUGAAAAGGGCGAAGCUGCACGACUCAAACUUCUCGAGGAUACCGGCCGUGAUCCUAGCUCCAUUGAGGUCUGGGAACUCGACAUGGAUAGCUAUGUUUCUGUCAAGAAAUUUGCUACUCGUGUGGAGACUCUUCCACGCCUUGACGCUCUUUUGGCAAAUGCUGGCCUUGCCACGACCACGUUCAGCUUGUCAGAGGACAACGAGAGAACCAUCACGGUCAACGUCGUCAGCACAUUCCUCUUGAUCAUCUUGCUUCUGCCGAAGCUGCGCGAGUCCGCGUCGCAAUUCAAUAUCUGCCCUCGCGUCUCGGUCGUGAAUUCGGCUCUGCAUUAUAUCGCGCCCUUGGCAGAGAUCGACGUGUCCAAUCAAGGUAGCAUCUUCUCUCGGCUGAAUAACAAGGAGACUGCAAAAAUGGACAUGCGAUACCCUUUAUCAAAACUUUUGGUCCUCUUCGCCGUUCGAGCGUUAGCUAAACGUCUAGAAGAGAGGAAGGGGCCGUUGAUCGUCAUCAACACACCUAAUCCCAGCUGGUGCAAGUCCCAGCUCAUGCGGGAGAACGGGCACCGCUUAGGCGAGCGUAUGAUGGCUCGCAGCACCGAAGAGGGAAGCCGUGCUUUGGUCCAUGGUAUACUAUCCGGGAAAGAUUCCAGUGGACAGUAUAUUGACAAUUGUCAAGUGAAGAGUCCGGCUUGCACUGUCACCAAUGCCAAAGGUGCAAAAAUACAAGAAGCGUUCUUCAAUGAGCUUAUCGUAUAG